AACACGUAAAGCAGGGUAUCCUCACAUGGGUCAAUAUCUGUUACGCUCUGAUCUUAAAUCUUUCUCUUUAAACUACAAAGCUUUUCGUAUAAUUGUGACAAAGGGCUUAAUUCCACUCAUUUCUUUCGGUUAACUCUCUGACUGCUAUCUGUAUGAAGUCGUGACAUUUUUUUUAUUAGAUAGCUUACCAGCUAAUUUACUCAGGAGCGUAACGUCUUGACAGAUAUUAUUUCACUUUAGUUAACUUCUCUGGGUUCGGCUGAAAAAAAUAGACGGAAUGUAAUGAGGGAUUUCCGCCGCGGUUAAAAAUGAAGAAACGAAGUGGAGGCUACAUAGAUCAACGCCUCAGACAGAGAGUCGAACAGUACCUGAAGUCCAGGCGCAGCCAGUAUGUGGAUGUUGCUGGAAUGGCCGCAGAGUUGCAGCAGCAGUACAGGAUGGAUUAUGGGCGACGGAACCGAACCGCCUUCAGGAUUCAAGUAGAGAAAGUGCACGGAGUAAUAUGCAGCGAGUCUGGUCUGUCUGCUUUGGAAGAAAAACAUUUGGCCAAAAGAGCAAGACACAGCCAGGAGGAUGAUUGGGUGACACACUUUAGUGAGGGCAGCAGUAUCCUAGAGAACACCACAGACAGUGACGGAGACAUCUCAGAGCCCGAGAACUCCAAUCACAUGAACAACUCCUUGAUGUCCCUGUACCGCAAGGGGAACCCGGAGGAUGAGACUCCAUCCAGGGAGGGGUCAACAAGCAGACCCCAUCCAGCCUCACAGAUGGGCUCUGCGAUGGCCGAGCACGCAGAAGCCGGCUCCGCCCGUCGUCGGCCCGCUACCGCGGUGUCUGCGGGCGGCUGGUUCAUCGACAAGGCUGGAAGCAGAGAUGAGGAAAGCAUCCUCAUUGAUUUGUGCGAGGAGGAGUCGGGCCGGCCUGCGAUAAAUGUGGCUUUGGAUCGUGCCUCUCCUGUGGGUCACCAAACUGCACCGUACCAAAAUCGCAGUGAUGAGCUAAACACACAAUACCAGAAUAAUGAUAAACCAAAGAAGAGUGUGAAGAAAGGAAAAAGUAAAGCGAAACGAGAAGUCAGAAAUGUUGAUGUGGACAUUGAGGCAAGCAUAAUGGCAAAAAAAGCACGGACCAAGGGACCUGACCUUCAGCACUCUACAGUGAAGUUCGAUGACAUUGGUGGGAACGAAGAAACUCUGACGGAGCUGUGUAAACUGCUGAUCCAUAUGCGCCACCCGGAAGUGUACCAGCAGCUGGGGGUGGUGCCCCCACGCGGGUUCCUCCUCCAUGGGCCGCCAGGCUGUGGGAAGACCCUUCUUGCCCAGGCGGUUGCUGGGGAAAUGGAGUUACCCAUGUUAAAGGUCUCUGCUCCUGAGCUGGUGUCAGGCGUCUCGGGGGAGUCUGAACAGAAGCUACGUGAGCUGUUUGAGCAUGCCGUGAGCAAUGCUCCCUGCAUCCUAUUCAUCGACGAGAUUGAUGCCAUCACCCCGAAGAGGGAGGUAGCGUCCAAGGACAUGGAGAGAAGGAUCGUCGCUCAGCUGCUCACCUGCAUGGAUGACCUGAAUUCCUUAUCCGUGCCAGCACAGGUCUUGGUUAUCGGGGCCACCAACCGGCCAGACUCUCUCGAUCCGGCUCUGCGAAGGGCGGGCCGCUUCGACCGAGAGAUCUGCCUGGGAAUCCCUGAUGAAGACACGCGCCUAACGAUUCUUAAAACUCUUUGCCGGAAGCUCAAGCUGCCGGCGGACUUCGACUUCCGCAGGCUGGCACGGCUCACUCCUGGUUACGUGGGGGCGGACCUGAUGGCCCUGUGCCGUGAGGCGGCCAUGAGUGCUGUCAACCGGGUGCUGCGGCUGGCGGCCGGUGCCUGCCCCUCCACCCGUCCUCCUGUGCCUGAGACCGAACAAGGGGCUAAGGAGGAAUCGAACCAGGCUGCGGACUGCCAGGACACGGGCAUCGCUAGUGAUGCACAGGAGGGAUCGAGUGCGCCAGCUUCUGAGGUCAUGGCAACAGAAGGGGAGCUGCCGCAGCUGCUGGCUCUGCUGAAGAACAGCGAGUCGCUGAGCGAGGAGCAGCUGGCCAGCCUCUGCAUCAUCAUGGACGACUUCAGGGCCUCGCUGACCAGCGUCCAGCCAUCGGCCAAGCGUGAGGGUUUCGCCACGGUGCCCGACGUCACCUGGGAUGACGUAGGUGCUCUGCAGGAUAUUCGUGAGGAGCUCACAAUGGCCAUCCUGGCCCCUGUCCGUAACCCGGAGCAGUUCAGGGCUCUGGGGCUUAGCGCGCCUGCUGGGGUACUGCUUGCUGGGCCUCCAGGCUGUGGGAAGACCCUGCUGGCUAAGGCAGUUGCGAAUGAGUCUGGCUUAAACUUUAUAUCAGUCAAGGGCCCGGAGUUACUGAACAUGUACGUCGGUGAGAGCGAGCGGGCCGUCCGCCAGGUCUUCCAGAGAGGACGCAACUCAGCCCCGUGUGUCAUCUUCUUUGACGAGAUCGACGCACUUUGCCCACGACGUUCUGGCCAUGAGUCCGGGUCCAGCGUCCGGGUUGUCAACCAGCUGCUUACGGAGAUGGACGGCCUGGAGGCCAGGCGCCAGGUCUUCAUCAUGGCCGCCACGAAUCGGCCAGACAUUAUCGACCCUGCUGUACUCAGGCCAGGCCGCCUGGACAAGACCCUGUAUGUGGGCUUGCCUCCAUCAGUGGACAGACAUGCCAUCCUGCUCACAAUCACCAAGGGAGGUACCAAACCUCAUCUGGAAUCUGACGUCAGUUUGGAGGAAAUUGCCAGUGAUGAACGCUGUGACUAUUUUACUGGGGCUGACCUGUCUGCACUGGUAAGAGAGGCCUCCGUUAAUGCUUUAAGAGCCCACCUCUGUGCUCGAACUUCUCUUGCAAAUCCAGAGCACACCUUCUCCUGUGGCCCUGCUGAAGAGUUAAGGGUUAGCAAGCAGAACUUUGAAGAAGCAUUUAAAAAGGUCCGGCCAUCUGUGUCUAAAAAGGACCAGCUAAUGUAUGAGAAACUGCGGGAAUCGCUCACCAGAUAGACAUUAAACUCACUGCUUGCAGCAAGACCUUGGAUACCAACUUUUCUCAAUUAUUUGUACUUUAAUGCAACAAGUGAUGUAAUAUAUUGACCUCAGGGCAUGAGGCCAUGUUGAAAUAACAAAUGGGGGUGAAGUGCCUUUUGUAGUUCCUGAUACUUUUAAUAAAUACCUUUUGAAUGUUA